UGUUGUUGUGGCCGGGUCAUAGACUGAAUACAGUCUAUGUGCCGGGUUCUCUCUCUGGUUCCACCACGCACGUAGCUCAGUCACGCAUGAGUAAAUGUUGGUUUAAGACGUUUUUCGAAGAUAAACACGAUCCCACGUGUAAUCAGGCACAAACAGCAAAUCAGCAGACUUGACGGAGCAACGAACUUGUUGGAGGAAGGUAUGUGUUUGGACACAAACAGUAGCCUAUCCGAGAGCCAAACAUCCAAGGCAAUGGACCGCAGACUUCCAUUUAGUUCUGGCUGUGCUGAAACACACCAGGUUGAUCUGAGAGUGACUGUGAAAGAAGAAGAUAUAAAAGAGGAGGAAUAUGAUCAUGUGAUUACAUUUCACCAUGAUGAGGAAAAGCCCUUUGCAGAGUUUCACAGUAAAACUGAAACAGACGUCACAGACUCACCAAGGUCUACUUACAAUGAAAUACUACUGGUGAAGACUAAGGAGGAAGAAGAUGAAGAUGAAGAGGAGGAGCAGCAUGACAACCUGCUAGAAAGUGCAUCAGACCACUUAUAUGUAACACAACAGAGGAUCCAUGGACAGAAUGAUGAACUCAACCUGCAACUCAAAGGAAGACUGCACCACUGCACUGUCUGCAGGAAGAGCUUCACAACACUUCCUGAGCUCAAGAAACACCAGCAAAUACAUUCUCUUGGUGUUUAUCAAAGGCAAAGAACUGGCAAAAGGCGACAUAAAUGGGUCCAGUGUGGAAAAGCUUUUUCACAAGUUUCAAAACUGAAAACCCACAUGCUCAUACAUACAGAGAAGAGUCAUAAAUGUGUCCAGUGUGGAAAAGCUUUUACACAAAGUUCAGAUCUUAAAAACCAUACACUAAUCCACACUGGAGAGAAGCCUCAUGAAUGUGCCCAGUGUGGAAAAUCUUUUACACAGCUCUCAAAUCUUACACGUCACAUGCUGAUACAUACUGGAGAGAAGCGCCAUAAAUGUGCCCAGUGUGGAAAAGCUUUUUCACAAAGUUCAGAUCUUAAAAGCCACAUGCUAAUACACACUGGAGAGAAACCUCAUGAAUGUGCCCAGUGUGGAAAAGCUUUUACACAACUCUCAAAUCUUAAGCACCACAUGCGUAUCCACACUGGAGAGAAGCCUCACGUAUGUUCACAGUGUGGAAAAGCCUUUACACAACUCUCAAUUAUUAAACGUCACAUGCUGAUGAUACAUACUGCAGAGAAGCGUCAUAAAUGUAUCCAGUGUGGAAAAGCUUUUUCACAAAGUUCAGCUCUUAAAAGCCAUACACUAAAACACACUGGAGAGAAGCCUCAUGAAUGUGCCCAGUGUGGAAAAGCUUUUUUACACAUUUCACAUCUUAAAAGCCAUUUACUAAUCCACACUGGAGAAAAACCUCACGUAUGUUCCCAGUGUGAAAAAGCCUUUACACAACUCUCAAUUCUUAAACGUCACAUGCUGAUACAUACUGGAGAGAAGCAUCAUAAAUGUAUCCAGUGUGGAAAAGCUUUUUCACAAAGUUCAAAUCUUAAAAGCCACAUGCUAAUACACACUGGAGAGAAACCUCACGUAUGUUCCCAGUGUGAAAAAGCCUUUACACAACUCUCAAAUCUUAAGCACCACAUGCUUAUACACACUGGAGAGAAGCCUCAUAAAUGUACCCAGUGUGGAAUAAGUUUUUCAAGAAGAUCAGCUCUUAAAAGCCAUUUACUAAUCCACACUGGAGAAAAACCUCACAUAUGUUCCCAGUGUGGAAAAGCCUUUACACGACUCUCAAUUCUUAAACGCCACAUGUUCAUACAUACUGGAGAGAAGUGUCAUAAAUGAACCCAGUGUGGAAUAGGUUUUUCACAAAGUUCAGAUCUUAAAAGCCACAUGCUAAUACACACUGGAGAGAAAACUCAUAAAUUAACUCAGUGUGGAAUAGGUUUUUCACGAAGAUCAGCUCUUAAAAGCCAUACACUAAAACACACUGGAGAUAAGCCUCAUUAAUGUGCCCUGUGUGGAAAAGCUUUUACAUACAAUACCCUCCAGAAUUAUUGGCACCUCUGCUAACGUUGACUAAAAAGA